AUGCAAGCAUCGGAGUGUAAAAAGCCUAUCAAAAGAAGAGUUACUUCAAAUAACAAACUAACCGCCGAAGAAUUAACCAAAAAAAUUCUCUUUUUACUAAUCGAGAACUUGAUCUCAUUUGAUAAAAUCGAGAAUCCUUUCUUUAAAAACUUCUUGAGUCAUUCAGUGAACGACAAUACUUCAUUCCUUCCAGAUGCUGAACUUUUACUGCAUUUAACGACUGAGAUUUAUAAUGACUAUCAAGAAUACUUCAAAAACUAUUUUGCAACCCAGCCAAAUAUUAAGAUUUCAAUUAGCUGCCACAAAUGGAGUCCCAGCUACGAGUUCAAUCCUUAUAUGUUCAUAAAUGUACAUUAUAUUAACGAAAGCUAUCGUUUAUGUGAAUUAUGUCUAAGCUUUUUUGAAUUUAAUUCAACUAAUUUAUCAAACUUCCUUAUAAGAGACACAGUUUUAAAAAACUUUAAAAAUAAAGUCAAUUUUAUUACCACGAAUUAUAAAUUUGAUGAUAACUCCUUAGACAUCUUGAAGUUUGUUACUAACGAGGAUAAGAUAAAGAACAAAAUUUUGCCUUGCGUUCCUGAAUUUUUAAAUCUUUCUAUGAAGGAGUUCUUAGUCGAUUUAGAAAAAGCUUUAGCCCCUAGUCAACCCAAUUUGAAUCAUAUAGAUGUUAACAGCUCCAGUAAGGACACUAUUUCGAUCUUAAUUGGUAAUUUCUUGGGGCAACUGUACUCGAGGAUCAAAAAUUUAUCUCUUAGAGACAUUUUGCCUCUUCCUAACGAUAAAGAUAAUGAGCAAUUUGAUAUCUUGAAUAGCACAGCAAAAAGAAAUGAGAUGUCCUAUUCUUUAAAAUUUCUCAGGAGUGUUCUUUUUUACAAAAGUCAAAUCAUUGAAACAUCCGAAAAAAAUCAGUUAGACAUCGUUGGUGAUUUUGAGUGGGAUCUAAUUAAGUUCAUCGUAGAGUUUUCAAGUCGUUUUGAAGAUAUAAUUAUAGGCUCUUAUUCUAACAAUGGUCCAGUUUCCCACAUGAUACUAAAGUGGAUGAAAAUUUUGAUAAUUCACGUCACUUCGUUUAGCAAACAUCCUAGUAUUGGAGAAAAGAAAGUUGAUAUUCCGAUUGCAAAUAUUCUUAAAAGGUUGACAAGUUUCCAUAAUGACCUCGAAAAUAAGUUUGAUUUAGUUCUUUCAAGUUACUUACAUCCAUCUACAAAACGAUACUUGAAGGAUAAUCACAUUUCCAGGGUAAAUUCUAUGGUCGAACUGUUGAAUACAGAAAGUAAUUCAUUUAAUGUCGAUGAAUUUGAUUCCACGAAUAUGGACGACAUCAUAAUGAAGACCUUCGAUUGCUCAGGCAAAGCAACUAAAGAGUGCUAUAAUUAUGAGACUUCAGCUACAAGCGAAAUCAAAUAUUCCCGAAUGUCGAAGUAUUUCUCCAAGGAAAGUGGUUCCCACAUUUUACAAUUCUGGAACAAAAAUCAUCAGAAAUAUUCAACCUUAUCCUCGCUAUCUAAGCAAACUUUAUCCAUUCCUCUUUCUGCAGAUAGGAACUUUGGUGCCUGCAAAAGUGCCUUCCAUGAAUUGAAGAGGGCAAGUUAUUCAAAUCAUUGCCCAUUAGACAUAGAGGCGGUUUACUUUUUACAUAAGCUAUCUAAGACUUAUGACUUGCAAUCCUUUAAUCCAAAAAAUUUUGACUUGGAUAUAGAAGAUUAUCGCAUGGAUAACAGUGAAUACAUCAACGUAGAUGAAGAAUCUGGGAUAUAUGACGAUUUAAGGCUAAAUGAUACUUCAGAUUACAUAGAACUAGCUAAGAGAUCGAAAAGAUAA